GUACAGAAACAGCUGAUUUAAGUCAUAGUAUCAAAAUUUGUUCGAAACUUCGCGCUGUCAUUUACUUUUUGCUUAUUAUACUUCAAUCGAUUUAGAACAUUGUUAAUAAUUAGUACUUACGUGAAGAAUGUAUUACUGUCACAGAGAUAGUCAAAGAAAGAAUGGGUUUUGUCGCAUUGCAUUCUAUGAUGUGCAUCUUCAGUUUUGUUUUCAUUUUAUUACGUACUGUCCGUGAACUGUUGUGAGACCUUCAGCAAUACAAAACUACAAUGGCAGAUAGUGAGAAACCUUUUACUUGUUCAUCACCAGGUUGCAAUAUGAAUUUUACAAACGAAGAUCAGUUAUCUGUACAUAAGAAAAAGCACGACAUGAUGUUGAACUUAGGAAAUGGUUCUAAGAAUGUUGGUUUCAUGGCCGAUCAGACUCCAACUCCGACGCGUUUCAUCAGAAACUGCGAAGAAGUAGGGUUAUUUCAAGAUUUACAAAAUGUGAACCCGUUCGAGGAAACAUUCAGGAGGGCAGUAGAAUCGGGAAACACUGGUACACUUACAGUACCGGAGGCUGGGAUUACAGACGAUACUCUACACACUCCCCAUAUAUUUCCUCACAUAACAGAUGUGCUGCCUACCGGUAAUCAAAUUCUGCCAGAGAACAGCAUUCAGGAAUGCACCAGCAGCAUCUCGAUCACAGAAAACAGUACAGACGAACGAACCACUGUUGACACAGAAGUCUGUAGCAGCAUGAAACUCUCUGUAUCGAACAAGCAAGAUUUAACGAAGGAUAAACUAACGACAGAGAAAACCGAAACGCUUACAGAAAAUAUUAUUCAUCAAGUUACAAGCACACCAAUAAUACCUAAGAUUUUACAAGAACGGCCAACUCCGCAAUUAUCAAUAAAUGGAGAAGAAGUGCAGCUACUUUUGAAAACUUCCGACGGUAAACUGAUGCAGCUGUCUGCAAUUCCAAUUUCCGGUUCUAGUAACGCUAAUACCGUACAACCACCGAAACAUCCAACAGUUGUGAUAAAGACAGAGCCUCCUUUGCAAUAUACGACAAAAGGGGAUUUCGAGAAGUCGGAUUCAAUGUUAUCCUUGGCAAAAAUGAAAUUGAAACAAGUAUUAACAAAAAGUACGGACUUGAAAAAUCUGAUAACCGAGGACAGCUCAGGGAGAAACGAGUUUAGCAAUUCGAAGAAACAAAAUCGUGGCAAGACGAUGGAAGAGCAGAUAAAAAAGAAAGACAUCCUUGAACGGAACCGUGCGAGUUCGAUGAGGGCAAGAGCCAAAAGAAAAGCGUGGAUACAACAGCUCGAAAGGACGGUCGCGAAUGUGAAUGAAACGAACGUGGCCCUGCAAAUGGAAAUAAAGGUUUUACGAGCAGAGGUCGCCAAGUUGAAGACUCUGCUAUUGGCCCACAAAGAUUGCCCAGUCACGAAGGCGAUGCAGAAAGGGAGUAGCAUAGUACUGGGCCCCAAAGUAAUAUCGUUGAAUUCGGAUCUGAUGGCCAAUCCGACAACCCCAAUGGGAAUUUUGAUGAAGCGACCGACAUCGUAUUCUUCCGCAGAAGCCUCUGUCGUGCCGAAGAAAAAAUUAUGUAUGGCGCCUUUGAAAAACCCGAUUAUCUUCCCAAAAGUAGAUUCCAACACGAGCAUUUCAUUUUCUAACGCGACAUUUAUCAAAACGAUGCCUGCCAUCAAGCUCAUGGGCGUCAAUCAGCUUUUAACGGAAACGAAGGAAGCCAAGCAGAUUUUAAUCAUGCAAAAUCCACGGAGGAAAAUAGUGAAGUCCACUAAACAAAUAAUUCAGAUUAACCCUAAUUACGAGACAGACUUAGGUGACACGAAAAGCGCCGGAACGUAAAUGCAAUAGAACCACAUUUUUAGCAAACUACCCUAUCGAAAAUUGAAAAACUUUGCUCAAUCGCGAGGGAGAACAAGUCGUGUCAUAAUUGUUAAAAGAAUAUUGUUGAAAGUUAUUUUUUUCUAAGAGAAAGAUAUAUAUGC